AACAAAUGAAGUAUAGAUCUACCCGUGGACAGGCUCAAGGCUACACCUUCGAGGAGGCUGUUAUGGCCGGCCUCUCGCCUGAUGGUGGUCUCUUUAUUCCCCACAGCGUCCCGCAGUUGCCUACCAACUGGCGUAAAGAAUGGGCUAAUAAAUCCUUUGAAGAGCUCGCAGUUGCCUUGCUGUCACUUUACAUUGACCAAACUGAAAUCCCAACCAAAGACCUCGAAGACCUCGUCAAGCGCAGUUAUUCCACUUUCCGCCACGAAGAGCGCACUCCUCUGGCCAGUGUACGUGACGGAUUGUACGUUUUGGAACUUUUCCAUGGACCUACCUUUGCGUUCAAGGACGUUGCACUUCAAUUCGUUGGAAAUCUGUUCGAGUACUUCCUCGAACGCCGGAACCGUGCCGAACCAGCCGGUGGAAAGGUUCAUCGUUUGACAGUUGUUGGUGCCACAUCUGGUGAUACUGGCAGUGCUGCAAUCUAUGGUCUGCGCAACAAGAAGAAUGUAUCCGUCUUCAUCCUCCACCCUCGCGGACGUGUUAGCCCUAUUCAGGAAGCCCAGAUGACAACCGUUCUUGACAAAAACGUACACAACUUGGCUGUAGAGGGAACUUUUGAUGACUGUCAGGAUAUUGUAAAGACUUUGUUUGGUAACAAGGAGUUCAACGAGCGUCACCACCUUGGUGCUGUCAACUCCAUCAACUGGGCACGUAUUCUGGUACAGACCGUGUACUACUUCCAGGCUUACUUUGGUUUGUUGCGUUCGCUCAAAUUGGUACCUGGAUCUCCUGAAGCUGAAGCCAUCAACAUUCAUUUCUCUGUACCUACCGGUAACUUUGGUGAUGUACUUGCUGGUUACUUUGCACACCGUAUGGGUUUGCCUACACAUAAGCUGUUGGUUGCUACCAAUGCCAACGAUAUCUUGUACCGUUUCUUUGAGACAAACGCUUACGAGAAGCAGACUGGUGCUGAUGGAAACGUAAAGGAGACCCUGUCACCUGCUAUGGACAUCUUAUUGUCCUCAAACUUUGAGCGUCUGUUGUGGUACCUUGCUCGUGAAACUGUCCAGACUGACGAACAAGCUGGUCAAACCGUAGCUAGCUGGAUGCAGGCUCUUAAGACCGAAGGAAGUUUCAAAGUCAACAACGAAGUAGUCCUCAAGGCACGCGCUCUUUUCGAUGCUGCUAUGGUAACAGAUGAACAGACUAUCGAUACCAUUCGUACAUUCUACAAGCCUGCUGCUGCCAACCAGAACUCUUAUGUACUCGAUCCUCACACAGCUGUUGGUGUUGCUGCCGCUGAGAAGAUCAUCAAGCGCGACAAUCUUGCAUUGUACCCUGCUGGUCCUGAAAUUCUUAUCUGCCUCGCUACUGCCCACCCUGCAAAGUUCUCUGGUGCUGUCGAGACCGCACUCAAGUCAUACAGCGAUUUUAACUUUGAGAAGAAUGUCUUGCCUACUGAGUUUAUCGGUCUCCUUGACAAGCCAAAAUCUGUUGUAUCUGUCGAACGUGCUGAUCCCGCAUUGAUUAUUGAGGUCAUUGAAAAGGAGUUGCGCCAGGAAGGUGUUUCUUUCUAAAAAAAGAAAAAUAAUAACAAUAAUAACCGUUACAAUAACCUAUCACUUCAUCUCUAUAAACAUCCUCUCCCCUCUACAUUGUUCAAUCCUAAAAAUAAAUAAAUAAAAUAAACUAAUUUGUAGCAUGUUUUUUAUAAACAAUUUA